CAGCUGCACUAUUCCACUCCAAUCAAAUCAAGUCUUUCUAUUCUUCUUCUCAUCAUGCGAUCGACGGUCCCCUUCAGCUUCCCCGAUCGUUAGGUAUUCCUCCCAUGGCGUCGGCCGAUCUCGCCGGAGGCGGUGGAUCUGAAGCUGACUCCUCCCACUUUGUGCCUGGAGAUGGAGGCGCUUUAGCCACGCCCAAGGACGACCAGCCGCUCCUCGAAUCGGACUCCUCCUCCGCCUCGGUCGCCGCCGCUGCGGUACCGAUUUCUCCCGAGGAGUUGGAGCGGAAGUACGCUCCUUACGUGAGAAGGGACGCCUACGGUGUAAUGGGCCUGGGGCAGCUCCCGGCGACGGAGAAGGUCAUGUUAGGGAUCGCGGCGGUGACGCUGGUGCCGAUUCGCGUGGUUGCAGGGGUGUUGAUACUCGUGCUUUACUAUCUUAUCUGCCGGAUGUGCACGCUGUUCUCGCCUCCGAGUCGGGAGAAUGGCCAGGAGGACUAUGCUCACAUGACGGGGUGGAGGAGGGCGGUGGUUGUGCGGUGCGGGAGAUUUGCCUCUAGAGCAAUGCUCUUUACGUUUGGUUUCUAUUGGAUCAAAGAGACUCGCCUGAGCCUCGACAAUGAGGUCAAUGAAUUUGAAAAACCAGGUGCAGUUGUCUCAAAUCACAUUUCUUACGUGGAUAUUCUUUAUCAUAUGUCAUCAGCCUUUCCAAGUUUUGUUGCAAAGAGAUCAGUAGCUCAGCUUCCCUUGGUUGGUCUCAUCAGCAAGUGCCUUGGUUGUGUCUAUGUUCAACGAGAGUCCAAGUCGUCUAAUUUUAAAGGGGUUUCAGGUAUUGUGACAGAAAGAAUCCAGAAAGCCCACAAAGACUCUCUAUGCCCAAUGAUGCUGCUUUUUCCAGAGGGAACCACUACAAAUGGUGACUAUCUCCUUCCUUUCAAAUCUGGUGCCUUCUUAGCCAAAGCCCCCGUGUUUCCAGUUAUUCUUAAAUAUCCUUAUGGUAGAUUUAGUCCAGCAUGGGAUUCCAUAUCAGGGGUACGCCAUGUUUGUUUGCUUCUUUGUCAAUUCGUAAAUCAUCUUGAAGUGAUCCAUUUGCCUGUUUAUUAUCCUUCUGACCAAGAAAAGGAAGAUCCCAAACUCUACGCCAGCAAUGUACGGAAGUUAAUGACUACUGAGGGAAAUCUAACACUCUCAGAUAUCGGACUUGCGGAGAAACGAAUCUACCAUGCUGUGCUGAAUGGUAAUAGUCUACCUCGUGUUUUACGUGAGAAAGGUGAUUGAAAACAAUAGAACAACUAUUGCAAGAUCUGUAUCGGUCAGUCGAGUCGGUUGCUCCGUAUGUGAUACCUCGUGUAUCUGUGGCCAUGGUGCUAAUUUUUUUCCCCUUUGUUUUUGAAUGUUAAUGGAAAUUACUCUAACUCCUCUACUAUUUGAAAUUUUUAACCAAUCUUGUGUUCCUUUGAUUUCA